CAUCCGAACAUUAAUGCCGACUAGCUUGGAGAAAAGAAAGAUGGUGACAGUACUAAGUAUUGAUGGAGGUGGCAUUAAAGGAAUCAUUCCCGGCACCGUUCUUGGCUUUCUUGAAUCCAAGCUCCAGGAUUUGGAUGGGCAAAGUGCAAGAAUAGCCGAUUAUUUUGACGUAAUUGCCGGAACAAGCACAGGUGGGUCGGUCACUACCAUGCUUACAGCUCCCAACAAGGACAAUCGACCCAUGUAUGAAGCGAAGGACAUCAACAAUUUCUACUUUGAACAGUCACCUAAGAUCUUCCCUCAAAGAAGACAGAAGAACUUCUUGACAUCGAUUCAAAGUGCGUUUGUUGCAAUGAUGGGUCCAAAGUACGAUGGGAGAUACCUGCGCACAAUGACGAGCAAGCUUCUUGGUGACCUUACUCUCAAGGAAACUCUAACCAAUGUAGUCAUUCCAGCCUUCGAUAUCAAACACCUUCAGCCAGUGAUUUUCUCAACCAUUGAUGCAAGAGAAUGUUCACUGAAAAAUGUUAAGCUUUCGGAUAUCUGCAUCAGUACCUCUGCUGCUCCAUCUUUUCUCCCGGCACACUACUUCGAAAUCAAGGACAACCGGGGGACAACCCGUACUUUUGAUCUCGUUGACGGAGGGGUUGCUGCAAAUAAUCAUACAAUGAUGGCCAUAAGUCACAUAAACAGAGAGAUGUUGAAGCACGGCUCAGAACCCAUGGAUGUUGAUCGGUUGUUGGUUCUAUCAUUGGGCACCGGCACUGCCAAAUUGGAAGGGAAGUACACCGCAGCUGCGGCCUCAAAAUGGGGAUUGUUCAAUUGGAUGUUUCACAAUGGGGGCUUUCAUGCAAGUUCCGAUAUGGUUGACAUUCACGUCUCUACUCUCUUUCAGUCCCUCAAAGCCAAACACAGAUACCUACGCAUUCAGGAUGACAGUUUGAGCGGUGAGGAGUCAUCGAUGGAUAUUUCAACAGAGAAGAAUUUAAAACGGCUUGUGGAAAUCGGGAAGGGCCUGCUGAAAAAGCCAGUUUCAAGGGUUAACUUAGAGACUGGGACAUACGAGAAAUGUGAAGGAGAAGGUACCUACGAAGAAGCACUGGUAGAUUUUGCCAAACGGCUCGUGGAGGGGAAGAAGCUCAGGCAAAACAAAUAAAAUUCCCCGGCGGCCCGGCCAGAAGAUGCAUGGAUUUCUAGUCUGUCGGAACGUUAAUACGUUAUUGUCUUCAACGUGUGG